UUAGGCAAACAAACCAGCCACCCCUGCUCUCUGCUCACUCACCUUCCUUACUACUGCUCACUAGUCACUACACACCAACCAAAGGAAGGCCCCUCGCACCUCUUCUGUGGUUGUCGUCGUUUGCCUUUCCGUCCGUUAGCCAAGCCAUGGGCAACUGCCUCAACACGGCCUCCAAGCGGAGUCACCGGGGCAUGCUUUUGCCGGAGGAGGAAGAGAGCCUCUCGGAGAUAAGAAGGAUAAGCCAGCUGCUUCGGGAGGAGGAGGAGGACGGCUACGAGGUGGUGGGUAUGCACUCCGUCUCCGAGCAGCUGGUGCAGGAGGUGGUGGCCGUGGCUCCGGGGGUGACGGCGCCCGCAGAGGGCCUCAAGGUGAAGAUCGUGCUGACGCGCGGCGAGCUGGAGUGGCUCAUGGCGCAGCUCAAGAGCGGCGAGCAGCGCCUCGAGGACGUGCUCCAGCACAUGCAGGCUGCUAAGGGAGCUGGCGGCGGCGGUGGCUCCUUCGCUGGCGACAACAAGGCCGGCUGGCGGCCGCGCCUCGAGAGCAUCCUCGAGAGCUCGGAGACCCAAAGCUGAUACCGGCCUGAGCAUGUCCUCGCUGGACCGGCUCCUUGAAUUCAGAUCUUGUCCAUGCCUGUAGGUUUGUCGCUUGCUUUCUUGAUGUUUGGUCUGGAUCGGUGGAGAUGGAGGCCGUCGAUGGAUCGGAGUCAGGGAGAGGCUUAAAUUCUUGUUGUGUUUUUUUAACAAGGGACUGGCCUUGUUACAACUCUGCUACUAGGCUGGAGCCUGGAGGGAGGGACGAUGAUCCAUCAGAUGGGCUAUGUUACUCUGUAGAUCAUCGAGAUGUUAAUUAGGUCUCUUGUGCAGUGCAGCUCAGCCAAUUAGCAUCUUCUUUCACUUUUUGCCUUUUUGCGCUGUUACUUAG